UCAUUUUAAAUUUUAAGGACACAAUGGCGCUGCGCAUAAAAAGCAACCGCAACGACUCGAGAGAUUUAUUUCAAAGGCGACCAACGGAGCCGCCGCCGCCGCCGCCUUUGCCCAAGACGCCGACCACAAACGGAUUAGAGAAGCAGCCGCAGCCGCAGCCGCAGCAAAUCAAUAAGUCAACUGCUCCUGCUUCCGGUCCAUCGCAGUCGCCAUCACCGUCGCCGUCGCCAUCUCGGCAGCAACAGCCAAAGCCACAGCCACAGACACAGCAGAGAACUGUGGUCCGGGUGGCGCCCUUUAACAAGAGCAGCGAGGUGCAUCGCCUGAAAAUCUCGCACAGCGAACAGGAUGCCCACCCUCUGCAGCUGGAGCACAAUGUCACGAUGCGCUGCCACUCCCCGCAUGCGGAGUCGGACGUGGCGCCCAAGAAGACAUCGAUACUGAUUAACGGCGACGAUUGCUACUCUACCAUGAAUCUCAGCGCCGAUGCCGCCCAGCCGCUCUACCAGUCCUCCGUGGUGGUCAACAGCCAGACGGCGAACAGCGUCUGCAUCAGCGUGAGCAGCGCCGAGGAGCAGCUCAUCCAGCAGCACAAUCUGCUCAACACGCUACGCAGCCAGCAUGCCAAUCUGGCUGCCAUUAUACCGAUCAGGAGCAGCAAUACCAGCGAAGUGAAUCUGCAGCGUUCCGCUUCAUGCAUCUCAUCCACGUCGAGCAGCUCGACGUCGAGCAGCAGCAGCUCGAGUGGACGCGGUCGCACCUUGAUUAGGCUGGACUAUGACAAGGAGCUGGCCACAGCCGGCAGCAGGCAUUCAGCUACCACGACCACGCCCAUCAAUACGCCUUCGCCGCCAGCUAUUUGCUCAACGCCGGCCACUCCACCGCCGCCGUCUCCUUCAGCGAGCGCUGCUCUGGUGCCGCACGAGACGGAGCUGCUUAAGAUUCUACGAAAUCCCGUGGAGGCUGUCAAACGGAAUCUCGUGCCGCAUGUCUGCGGCCUGCGGCUGCCCGCAACGGAUGCCCUGCGCAGCAAGAAAAUGCAGGAGACGCCAACAGCUGCCACGUCCACCAAGGAGGCAGCGCCGAGCAGUGGCUUCAUAGCCAAGCUCUUGCAGGAUCCGAUGCUGAGCCAGGUGGCCGAUGGCCUGGAGACGGACACUGUGGCAGAGCUGAUCGAAAACUCGCUGGAGCGACUGCAGCGAACGCGCGAAGGCAUCGACAUGAGCGGCACCAAAGAUCACGAGGACAUGAACCGGCUGAUCAACGUCUCGUUGCAGCGCGUGCGCCAGGAGCGACAGCCGGCAGCGGCCUCGACGACGGCGACACCAACGACGACUCAGACGACGACGGCGACGACAACGACCGCGACGACCAAAGAGGAGGAUCGUCUGUCCAAUCGGGGCAGCAUCAGUUCCGCCAACAGCUUCGCCUCCGCCCACAACUACGAGCUGUUCGACUUUGAGGCGGCGGCCAAUGAGUCCGAUUGCUAUCAGAGCUGCUCGAGCGAGAUGACAGCCUCAGGCGUGUUGGAGGAGGUGGCGGCCGAGGCAGAGCCGGCAACAGACUCCGAUGUGGAUGCCUCGACACGCGCCAAGUUCUAUCAACUUCUGGUGGACGCGACUCUCGCGGAGAUCGAGCACAGCACGCACACAGAGGCCGAGCAUCACUAUGAAUCCAUCAGGCAUCAUGGCGAUCCCAUUUAUGAGGAGAUCAACGAAGUGCCACCGCCUUUGCCCCUCACCGCACCCCCUCUGAACGAUGCCGAGCUGGAUAAGAAGGCGGCGCGCUCCAUCUUUGAGGGCGCCUCCAAAUACGACAUACUCUCCUACCUGGUCGACGCCAAGGAGCGCGGGCUGGUGCGCGAGGAGAGCUUCGACUACAGCAACAAUCCGAAGAUCAUCGAAGAGGAGGCAAGCGACACGCUCAGCGAGCUGGAGAAGCGCGUCAGCUGCGACGAUAGCCACAGCAACAUGAGCUCCUUGUCACCGCCGCCGCACAACUUCAUCUGCGGCAAGAGCGGCAGCGAUGUGGAGCGCCAGGACUCGGGCGUUGGCUCCGAGACAAGCAAGUCCUCGCGCAGCAAAUACCAGCCGGCUGUGAGUCCCUUGCACCUAUGCGAGGACUGCGACGGACCUGUGGAGACGCAGCUGAGCGAGGCGGGCGUCCUCUACGCACCGCUCGUGUGCCGCAAGUGCGGCAAGAAGCGGGUGGAGCGCAAGGAGAUUAUCACCGAGAUUGUGGAGACGGAGGAGAAAUAUGGCCGCGACUUGCAAAUCAUACUGGAGGAGUUCUGCCAGCCAAUGCUGGUGGCCGGUCUGCUCACCCAGGAGCAGCUCUCUGCAAUCUUCCUCAAUACGGAAGACUUGCUCGAGAACAAUCAGACGCUGGCCGAGCGUAUGCGAGACGCCCUGGACAUUGCUCUGGAGCAGGGCGACGAUGAUCUCCUGACGGUCAACAUUGGGCGCAUCUUUCUGGACUUUACCCAAAUGCUGCACGCCUUCGAGAGCUAUUGCGUGCGACAGGCGGGCGCCAGCCUGCUGCUGGCCAAUCUCGAGAAGGAGAAGGAGCUGCUGCGCAUCUUCCUGAAGGUCUCUCAAAUGGAGAACGCCGUGCUGCGUCGCAUGAAUCUCAACUCGUUUCUGAUGGUGCCCGUACAGCGUGUCACCAAGUAUCCAUUGCUGCUGGCGCGUUUGUACAAGGUGACGCCCGCACACCUGGAUGGACGUGAGCUGUUGAAACAGGCGCAGGAGAAAAUUGAAUUGCAUUUGAAUCACAUCAACCAGGAGGCCAAGGAUGUGCCCACCAAGCUCUGGCGCCGCAUCAGCUCCUCGAGCCCCAAUCGGCGUGCCUCCUGCGAAAUUGAUAUGAUAAACAUCAAGCUGCGCAAAAUGGCCAUCGACAUACUCGAGUGGAAUCACGAUGAGGUCCGCUUCGCCAUGGAGGGCAAGCUCCUCUACACGCAGCCCACCGACAGCAACUGGAAGAAGGCGCGCACCAUCAAACUGACCCCAGUGAAUGCGCUGCUCGUGACCAAUGGCAAGCCAAGUACCAAUUAUAGGGCAGAGAAGGCCAUGUCGGAUAAACUGAAUUUCCCGAAGCACAAUGGCAUUCGGGAGGCCUCGCUGCUGAUGGUGAAGGAGAAGUGCGGACGGUACACGCUGACACGGGAGCCGUUGUAUCUGGACAGAUGUGUUGUGUGCAGCGAAGCGGAUUGGGAUGAUUAUUUCGAAGUGCAGGAAAUUUCAUCGAAGGACACAUUCAUAUUCAAAGCUGAGGAUGGCCUACGCACUAAGCAGUGGUACACACAGCUGCAAUAUCACGCCCAAGGCAUGGGGGCGUGGCGCAAGCGGCGCAACGCUUUGGCCAACAUAAUGAUCAACGGAAUGCUCACGCGCACUUAGCCAACAACAACAGCAACAACAACAAUUUGGAAAUUGGCAUUUAAUGUGUAUUCGAUGCAUUACUAUUAACCAGCAAUUGAAUAAUUAUAGUUUAAGUGAUAUAUAUAUAUACAUAUACAAAUUUAUAUACAAUUUAACCAUAGUGUUUACAACAAAUACACCUACACAGAG